AUGUGCAAAUCUAUGUUAAUCUGUUUAUUAAUCUAUUUCUCCCUCCCUCUCUUUUCCCCUGGCUUUUCUUUCUCUAUCAUUUCUCAUUCUCUCUCUACCUCUCUUUCACUCUCUACCUCUCUUUCAACUCUAUCUAAUCUCUCUCUCUUUUCUUUCUCUCUUCACGCUUUUCUCUCUUUUUUCUCUCGUCUCUCUCUCUCCCUCUCUCUCUCCCUCUUUCACUUGUCUCUCUUUUCUUUCUCUCUUCUUUCUCUCUCAUCUCUCUUUUCUCUCUCUUCUCUCUUUUCUCUCUCUUCUUUCUCUCUUCUCCCUAUUUUCUCUCUUUUCUUUCUCUCUUCUUUCUUUCUCCUCCCUCAUUUCUCUCUCUUCUUUCUCUCUCUUCUCUUACUUUUCUCUCUCUUCUCUCACUUUUCUCUCUCUUCUCUCUCUUUUCUUUCUCUCCUCUUUCGCUAUCAUCUCUCUCACUUUUCUCUCUUCUUACUCUCUCUUUUCUCUCUUUUCUUUCCCUCUGUCCUCUCUCUUUUCUUUCUCUUCUUUCUCUCUCUUCUCUCACUUCUCUCUCUUCUCCCUCUCUUCUUUCUCUCUCUCUUCUCUCUCUUUCCUUUCUCUCUCUUCUCUCUGUUUUUUCCUCUCUUCUCUCUAGUUUCUUUCUCUCUUCUUUCUCUCUCUUCUCCCUCUCUUCUUUCUCUCUCUUCUCUCUCUUUUCUUUCUCUCUUCCUUCUCUCUCUUCUCUAA